AACGAGUUUCAGGUGCUCUGACAAAUUUGUCACCGCUCUGACGGAGACAUUGAAAGUAUUUCCUCGAAAAAUUUUACUAAGAGUGCACGGGGUUGGAGUUGACGAGUUUGUUGACCGAGAAAGGGAACUUGUUUUCCUCGAAAUACUGGGUUCGUUCAACAUCGGACCUUCCGUCCUCGCUUUGUUCCAGAAUGGGAGAAUAGACAAUUUCUGCCGUCCACCACCCUCAAAAACGCAACCAGGAAAUUUCGCGACGAAUUGGUCGUUUAAUGGCCCAACUUCAUUUAAAGGUUUCUAUACUUUCAACGGGGAAGGUCAAGCUAACGACAACUGA